AUGGUGUUAGCCGUUGAUCUUCUCAACCCUUCCCCGGCCGCCGAGGCUAAGAAGCACAAGCUCAAGACCCUCGUGCCCGCCCCCCGAUCUUUCUUCAUGGACGUGAAGUGCCCCGGAUGCUUCACCAUCACCACCGUCUUCUCCCACGCCCAGACCGUCGUCAUCUGCCAGGGCUGCACGACCGUUCUGUGCCAGCCUACCGGUGGUAAGGCACGAUUAACCGAGGGUUGCUCUUUCCGCAGAAAGUAA